UAAGUGGUUUGAUUCUCAAAUCUCAAGGGUUUAGAAAUGCGAAGAGAGAAAGAUCCGGUUCGGUUUAAGUUUUUUAAUUUAAACCGAAACCUUCGAGAGAAGACGCGUCGCGGCGGAACCGAUGGGGAUCUCUUCCUCCUUACCUUCAUACUCCGCCUCUUUCUCUAACUCCACCGCCGCCUCUCUUCCUCCGUCGCCGCCGUCUUCAUCGCCGUCGCGCGUCGAUGAGAAACCUCACGGAGCGGAGAGGCCUCGUUUCUUCGAUGGAAAGGCGAAGAACAAGUGCUGGGCAAAUGCUGACAUCGUCCCCGGUAGACAUCCCGAGAGGUGGCGUAAAGACGCCGCGGGGAACGUCGUCUGCAAGAGAUUCGGAAAUUGCGGCGGAUGUCUCUGUUUCGAGUACGAUCACAUUGUUCCUUAUUCCAAAGGUGGAGAAUCGACGGCGGAGAAUUGUCAGAUUCUUCAAACGAGAGUGAACAGAUUUAAAGCAGCUCAAGAGAAUGUUGAUGCUGAAACACUUAAGGGUUAUUCAUGUGGUUUGCAGUUCACUGACAAGGAGCUGGAUGUCAUUGAAAUGGCGGUUUAUGGAGACGUGUUACGACCUGGAAAAGAAUGUCGCUGUAAAACCGUUGCCGAGCUGCUUGGUCAGCACAAGUCCAAAGAUGGUAAAGCCUCGUGCGAGUUACCAUCAUAAUAAUAAAGUGAUCGACCAUCUCUCUGGAAAGCAUUGAUUCACCUCAUAUGCUCAAACUUUGCAGAUCAGAUUUUAUAUCCAUCUGAAAUCUUCUACUUGAUUUGGAAACCAUUUGUUUGUGAGAGUAGUAUGAUACUUACUACACAGUUUCUCCUUUGUACUUUGUUGUAAGAUUUGGAAAUAAUAUUCAGAUUAUACGAAUACCUAACUUUAAGACAACAAAGAUUGUUAGUAUCUGUCGACU